AGUAGAGUAGAGUCCACACACCGCAGCACAGAACACAGAUCCCAGGCGAGUACUUGCAAAUCCCGUCGGAAAUAUCUUGCUCGCCGCCGGCCGCCGCUGCCAUGCUCCGUCUCCGGCGGCGCAUCGUGUCCCAUAUCCUCUCCUCCUCCUCCACCUCCACCUCCGCCAUCUCCCCUCUCCACCGGCUCCUCUCCGCAUCCACAGCCCCCGUUUCCCCAAAUCCCAGUAGCUUCGCCGUGGAGGAGUACCUCGUCGACGUCUGCGGCCUCACCCGGCCCCAGGCGCUCAAGGCCUCCAAGAAGCUCUCCCACCUCAAGUCCCCCGCCAACCCCGACGCCGUACUCGCCUUCCUCUCCGGCCUCGGCCUCUCCAGCGACGACGCCGCCGCCGUCGUCGCCAAAGACCCGCUCUUCCUCUGCGCCGGCGUGGAGAGAACCCUGGUCCCCGUCGUCGACGGGCUCACGGGCCUCGGUCUGUCUAGUACUGACAUCGCCCGCCUCGUCUCGUUCGCCGGCAACAGGUUCCGUUACAGAUCCGUCGUCUCCAGGAUGCACUACUACCUGCCCCUCUUCGGCUCCCUGGACAAUUUCCUCCGCGCGCUCCGGUGCUCAUCCUACAUCCUCUCGCCGGACCUGGACAAGGUGAUCAAACCCAAUGUGGUGUUCCUGCGGGAGUGCGGGCUAGCUGAUUGCGAUAUCGCCAAGCUGUGCUACCGUGCCCGGAAUAUCCUGACCGCCAACCCGGAGAACGUCCGGGCGAUGGCGGCAUGUGCCGAAAGAUUAGGGAUUCCCAGGGGCUCUGGUAUGUUCAGGGAAGCGCUGCACGCUGUCACAUUUGUCAGCGAGGAGAGGAUUGCUGACCAAGUGGAUUAUUUGAAGAAGACGAUCAAAUGGUCUGAUACUGAGGUGGCCAUUGCUCUGUCUAGGGCUCCAAUGUUGCUGAAGAAGUCUAAAGACAUGCUUAGGCACAGGUCCGACUUCUUGAUCUCUGAGGUGGGCUUGGAACCCUGGUACAUUGCUCAUCGGCCGGUGAUCCUCUAUUAUAGCCUGGAGGGCCGGCUCAGACCUCGAUACUAUGUUUUGAAGUUUCUCAAGGAAGCUGGAUUGGUCGAUUGCAACAUGAGCUUCUAUACUGUGGUCACGAGGACCGACAAGUAUUUCGUGGACAAGUUCAUAUGCCCUCACAAGGAAGCUGCGCCACACCUUGCUCAAGACUAUGCAGCCGCUUGCAAAGGGGAGGUGCCAAGUAAUUUUAGAUUUACUUGAACCAAAAGUGAGCCAAGGAAAUUUGUUAUUAUGUAGUAUCACGCAACAAAGUUUUCACUCUGCAUUAGUAAGCUGGUAGUUCCUGUUCUGGUGUUCUUUGCCAAACUAGAUUUUUAGUUAUUUUCUGUAGUAUGCGUGUUACAUGCCGGUUUGGUCAUUGCUAAAUGCUAACUCGUAUUCUAUUCCUGGACCCUGAUAUGUUGAUGUUGUCAUUCCUUAGAGAAAAUCUUUGUGUCUUCCUGAUAA